GCGCUGUGUGGCUGCGGCCAUGAAGCCGCAGCCGCCGGGCUAGGCCCCGGCCGGCUCCAGCCCAGGGCCGCCCGCGGAGGGCCGAGCCCGGUCUCCGGCUCCGGUCGCCGGGCCGGCGGGCGGCGGCUCAUCAUGCCCGGCAAGCAUCAGCACUUCCAGGAACCCGAGGUCGGCUGCUGCGGGAAAUACUUCCUGUUUGGCUUCAACAUUGUCUUCUGGGUGCUGGGAGCCCUGUUCCUGGCCAUCGGUCUCUGGGCCUGGGGUGAGAAGGGUGUUCUCUCCAACAUCUCAGCACUGACAGAUCUGGGCGGUCUGGACCCCGUGUGGCUGUUUGUGGUGGUCGGAGGUGUCAUGUCGGUGCUGGGCUUUGCCGGCUGCAUUGGAGCCCUCCGGGAGAACACCUUCCUGCUCAAGUUUUUCUCCGUGUUCCUUGGCCUCAUCUUUUUCCUGGAGCUGGCAACAGGGAUCCUGGCCUUCGUCUUCAAGGACUGGAUUCGAGACCAGCUCAACCUCUUCAUCAACAACAAUGUCAAAGCCUAUCGGGAUGACAUUGACCUCCAGAACCUCAUUGACUUUGCUCAGGAAUACUGGUCUUGCUGUGGAGCCCGAGGGCCCAAUGACUGGAACCUCAAUAUCUAUUUCAACUGCACUGACUUGAACCCGAGCAGGGAGCGCUGCGGGGUGCCUUUCUCCUGCUGUGUCAGGGACCCUAAGGAAGAUGUCCUCAACACCCAGUGUGGCUAUGAUGUCCGACUCAAACUGGAGCUGGAACAGCAGGACUCAAUCCACACCAAAGGCUGUGUGGGCCAGUUUGAGAAGUGGCUGCAGGACAACCUGAUCGUGGUGGCCGGCGUCUUUGUUGGCAUCGCCCUCCUCCAGAUCUUUGGUAUCUGCUUGGCCCAGAACCUCGUGAGUGACAUCAAAGCAGUGAAGGCCAACUGGAUCAAACAUGAUGAUGGCUACAAACUACUCAAAUAAACAAAACCUUGAACCCACCAUCUCGGAGGUUCUGGCAGCUGCAGGGCCUCAGCAGAGCUCUCCACCCAAGGCCCCGGCUCAGACCCACCUUGCCAGCGUGCUUUCUUUGGUCUGAGGGGUGUAUUCAUUGGAGCCAACCUUUAAAACUUGGCAUAUUUCACAUAAAAGUCCAGUCCCUGGCUUCUCAUGAAGAAUGGCCAUGUGACCACAGCGGCUCUUCUGUGGCAACUUCUCCUGGGACCUGCACUUCCCCUUUCUGCUCACCCAAGUGCCCUGCCUGACCCCUGUAGACUGGGAGUUGAGCUCCCCCACCUCUGUAGGGUUAUUCCUGCAAACUCUCAAGGCUGCUGGGGGCCAAGCCUGGGGUGAAGCAUGGGGGUAUGAAGUGGAGAGGAGGCAUUCAAAAGACCAUGGCCUGGGCAGAGUCUGGCCUUGUUGGGGACUAAGAUGGAUACCAGGGUGCCCAGGAAAGUGGCCAAGGGAAGGGAUGGAGGGCAGGAGGGUUUUGGAAGGAAGCCACUGGAAUCCAAGCCUUGGCCUUCAUGGAGCUGGGAAAAUACGGUUUGGAGGGCCAUCAGUGGUUGACUCCUGGGCUCAUUUGGGAUCAAUUUCAAAAUCGCCCCAGUGGCCUGCAGAGCUGCCUCAUGCCCACCAGAGGGCGUGCCGGCACAACAUUCUCUGGCUGGCUGCUUUGCUCCAGCAACCUCACCCCUGUACCGCUGGUACAGCUGUGUGCCUGGUGUGUGCACCUUGCUUACUAGUGCUUUGGGGAAUUCAAGGACACAGGCUGGGCAGUGCCCUGGGAUCCCUCACAGGCGCCGGCCAUGGUGAUUUAUACAUGCUACAAUAAAUGAAGCUCACGGUGUACAUGUGUCUUGCAUUUUCUGAUUUUGAAAGGAGCAGCCUGGCUCAGAGUUGCCAAGUUCUUCCUUUUAGCUGCACGAAGCAGGGAGGGAGUGUGGAGUGACUCUGCUCUGCCCUCCCUGGACUGUCCUGUGUGGAUGAAAGGAGGGCUUUGUGUUGGUUCAUAGAUCUCAAACUGAUGUGCUUUGGGCCAGGUAGGUUAUAUAAAUUAAUAAAGUAGGACUUUGGGUUGUAAGGCCUUUACAAUAAAGUGCCAUUUUGACUUUCCUACUGUUAACUAAAGGCAGGCCACAGACACUGCUUUGUGAAGAAAGAACUACUUGCACUAUCAAGUUGAAAAAUGACAAUUGGCUUUGAGAGAAAAUAGGGCAUGGUGGGGACUAUGGCAAAGCACAGAGCCCCAUCUAAAGUUGGCAGCUGUCAGUGAAUUGUAGCUCAUUUCUGUAAUGGGGGAAUGCAAAUCUAAUUCUAGAAAUCUGGAGAAUCCAGACAUCCAGAUUUUCCUGCAAAAUCCGAUUUUUAAGUUGUUGGUAAUUAAUGAAAGAUUUUAAAAUGCUGUCAAUGAAAUGAAAGGCCUGGGGACCAGCUUUGGCCCCUGUGCUGCAAUAAUUCCCACCAGGACCUGGUUGCUGUGCUAUUCAGGGGUGCUAGGAACUGCCUCCAGUGAGCAGGGUGUGAGGCACACACCCAGCACCAUGGCUUCCAGACAAAAGCUGGGGCCCCUGACGGGCACAGGCUGUUUGUGGUCUAUACCCACUACAACCAAUGCAGCUCAUGGUAGUGUGUGCGUGUUUUGUGUUUUCUAACACCUUUCAUUUGCCCCCAAACUUCAUACCCUGUGUGGUGAAGAUUCUUUCCUGAUGAGACAAGUUGCUCAGAAUGGGGAGGGAGUUGCCCACAGCCCAUGCCCAGGAGGAGGUACCUGCCCAUCCUGUCUUUCUGCUGCCUCCGGGAAGAAGCGCCACCCUCAGAUUGCCCACCCAUCCGCGCCAUUUCCAGGGUGUGCUGAGUGAUAUCUUAGGUGCUGGGACUAUAGAGGAGAGAAAAGGACACACUCCCACUCCUUUGCUGCGUUCUCAUGGGAGAGACACUCAAGUUAAUAAUAUAUGCCAUGAGGAAAGUGGAAUGGGCUGGGAGCAGGACCCUGCUGAUGGUCUGUGGAGAGGGGACCCUCCCAGGGAGCCGUCUCUGGGAGCUCUGGGGAAACUUCCAGGUUUUGGUAGCAGCCUAC